AUGCCCGCAUCCUCGACAGGCCCUCCGAAGCCUCGAAAGCCCCGCCCUUCGCGAGCGCGAGGCCUCCGCACAACUACCGGCUGUCUGACCUGUCGACGGCGAAGAGUCAAAUGUGACGAGCUCAGACCCCGCUGCGCAACAUGCACAAAGUCUGACCGGGAAUGCCUGUACUCGUCGCCAAAGGAUGUUCUCGCAGACACGCCAAGCACUGCCUCCUGCUCGGUCCAGUCGACGUCGCCCGCCCAGGACGAUGCCGCCGCCGCCACGGCCGCCUCUGCCCUGUCGCCCGACUCCUCGCAGAGAGCCCUGCCGCGCGAGAUCGACCCCCAGGUCUGGAAGAACUCGCCAGAGCUCUUGUUCGAAUCCCCCUCGACCGUCAUCAACUCGCUGCCCUCGCCCAACUCGGCGCCCCUAGCCUACUACGACCUGCUUGCCGAAGAUGCCAUCAACAACAUUGACAAGUACAACCUCAACCUCGACCUCGAGCGCACCGCCUUCUCGCGCCCCCAGAGCCCAGACACGGGUCCGCCAAACGCGGACCCCCAGUUUGCCCACUCGGAGCACCAUGCCGAUCCCGAGCCUCCACUCCACGAGCAGUGGAACUCUCCGGACAUUAUACCCAUGACAGACGAUGAGCUUGUCCUUUUCAAGCACUACGUCAGCACAAUAGCGCCCAUUCUGGACCUCAGCGACCCGUCCAAGCAAUUCACCACGGUUGUGCCUGCUCUGGCCGUCCAUAAUGUGGGCCUGCUAAAAUCCCUGCUUGCCGUCUCCGCACGCCACAUGGCGCUCCUGAGCGAGCCGCAGCUCCACCAGCUCAAUCUCCAGGACCCUGUCGACCCGGAUACCGCCAGCAAGCACCUCCUGCACACUCCGCUCAUCCAGAUUGCCACGCAAUACUACUACGAAACCCUGCACUACCUCUCCAAGAACCUCUUCUACCAAUCCUACCCCAAAUCCCGGGAAAUCAUCUCCACGUCGAUUCUCAUCAGCACAUAUGAAAUGUGGGACUCGGAGGGCCAGUACAGCAACGGGGCGUGGGAGAGGCACCUUCGUGGCAUCUUUUGGAUCCAGCGAAGCCAGAACAACAACGGCGAAUGCAGAGACCCGCUGCGGAGAGCGGCCUGGUGGCAAUGGCUGCGUCAGGACUCGUGGGUUGCUUUCCGCGAGGGGCGCCGCGUCUUGACGAUAUGGAGGCCCACCAAACGCUUGAUGGACUUGACUCCUGACGAGUUGGCGUUGCGUAUCGUGUACAUUUCGGGAAGAUGCAUAGACUUUGCUGCAAAUGAGAAAAAGUAUGACUUGAACACGCGCAUUGACCAAGGUAAGAAGCUGCUGCAGGCGCUGGAAGACUGGUACCGCGCCCUUCCGUCUGCUUUUCAGCCAGUCUAUCGAGGCCCCCCGCCUGGGCCUCGUGCAUUGUUUACGCCCAUUUGGAUCCAUCCCCCGUCCUAUGCGGCUGCUAUUCAGAGUUUUCACAUUGGGCGCAUCUUGGUCCUCAUCAACCAGCCGUCGAUAGGGGGUGUCGACGACUUUCGAGUCCGCCAACGGGCCAUGGAUGAAAGUGUCGAGACUAUAUGCGGUAUAGCCAUGUCGCAUCAAGGAAAUGAUCUGCCGAGCGCCAUGAUCAACGUUCAAGCUAUAUACACUGCUGGCUUAUGUGUGCAGGACCCUGUCAAGCAGACGGCGAUCCUACAUCUCUUGGAGCACACGCUCGACAUUACAAAAUUUCCACCAAAGUCUUUACUCACAGACCUUGCCAACUACUGGCGGGCUGCAUCAUGA